CUACUACAACAUGAUUGGAAAUCUUUCUAGUUACCUGUCAGACGAGCUGAAUCUUGAGAAUAUGUUUUUACGUGCAAAGUAAAACUCCAGAAUAUGAGAGCUGGCAUUUUUUUUUACUUGGUGUGCAUGUCAUGGAGCUUUUAUAUUUUUGGCUUGAGUGAGCCAAUUCCACCAGUGAUGUGUCCAAACCAGUAUAACGACCAAGCCUGGCUCACUCGAGCCUUGGAGAAAUGUAAAACCUCUCCAAAGAACUACCACUGUGUGAUGGUCAACUCUCCUGUUCAAGCCCAUCAUCCUCAGUAUAAGGAAUUUUGUCAAAUACCAGUUCAAGUUCCCAAGGGGAAAUUUGUUAUUUUAAACAAAGAUAAACAUAACAUUGAGUUUAUCAGCUGUCCCCCUGAAAGAUACCAACCAACAGAAAGAAUGACAAAUCAAGCAAUGAUUUUCCAGUGUGAGCAGGAGAAGUCACAAUGUGAUGGAGAGGGUCAGGCUCAGUGUGACAAUGGAUCUGCGGAGAUGGACCGUACAUGUCGUUGUGACUACACAAAUGGCUACGUACUUGAAGCUGUAGCCAAUGAAAACCCGGAUAAUAUCACCUGCAUUCAUCCCAAACUGAUAAAUUUGGAGUGCACCAAGUUUGACGACUGUCGCCAGAACCAGACACUGAGUGAGACGUAUCAGUGUGUGGACAAAUGUCCACCUGGACAGGGUCAUCCACCAGGGUCAUCUCAGUGUAAAGAUGUGAUUUCAAUCCCUGCACCUGUUCCAAGUUUCCCUUCCUCAACAACCACACAACCAUCUACACCAAGAGUACCUGCAGACAAUGAUAUUAUGAAGUCUAUGAAAGAGAAAGAUGACAACAAAGAUGUGAUAAUAGUUAUUGUUAUUGUUGUGGUCAUCGUCAUUGGAGCAGUCAUUAGUGGUGUGAUUUUUCAUAUCUAUUGUAAUUAUCUUCAAUCCAAAGGGAAAACAAGUACUACAACAGUUGUAAACAAUACCCACAAUAUAUAUUUCCAGCAGGAGAAUACACAGUAUAAUGUUACUGAAAAUAAGAUUGAAGAACACAUUGACACUUUAAUUAAAGUUGAUGAAGUAGGGAAUAUGGCAGUUGGAGGAGAAAACACCAUUACAUGUAAUAUAAACGAUGGAAGCCAGACUGAUCAGAACAAUGAUGAUGAAGAUUCAGAGGAAACCAAGCUGCUUUCUACACCAAAACAGGAUAAAGGGGAUAAAAACGUCACUCCCCCGGAAGUUCCAGUGGAGGUACAGGUCCACCAGGACGGGAAUAUGGGCCUAGAAAGUGAAAAGGGUGAACAAAGUAUCGAUAAACCCAAGGAAUCGCACAAGCAGGAGACUGGAUCUGGGGAUAAAGACGAGUAUGACUGUAAUGAAUACAUGAAGGAGAUGAAGGAGGCCGCUAAAAAGAAGGGCUGGUUGGUCACUGAUGUCCCUAAAGAUGGCAGCUGUUUCUACCACUGUGUUUUGAAACUUUGUGAUUCUGUUCAUGAUCAGGGUGUUUCCACUCUCAGGAAAAAGCUCAAAAAAUACUUGGAAAAGAAUUCUAAAAUUUAUAAAGACUUUGUGUUUGAGACAUGGGAGACUUUUCUGAGUGGUAUUGAAGCCAACAAGUGGGCGGACCAUUUAGAAAUCAGUGCCAUGGCCAAAAUGUUAAACAUUCCUAUUGUUAUCCAUAAACUUAACAACAACUCAAAUGAACUGGAAGUAAAGGAAGAAAUUCGUCCAGAAAACUGUCAUGUGGAGGCCAUUAACAUUGGCCACAUUCUUGUGAAUAAAGAAGGCUUCCAUUUUGUAGCUUUGGUGCCUUUAAGUGUGGUCCAAAGCUGAUAGACAAUCUUUUAUAGCAAUAUGAAAUAAUAUUUUGUCAGCUCAAUUUGUUCACAGUGUGCCAUACUUUUAGUCAGCAUAAAGCAGCAUAAGAACCAAUAAUUAUUGUUCUUCAUGUAAGUAAUAUCCACUUUUUUGUACACAGUAUAGAACAGAAUUCUAAAUCAUUAGGAAUACAAAAUUUGUUUCAUUUAGAAAAUCACUGUAAAUAAGUUAGAUUUUUAAACAGGUAAAAUUUCUUGCUAACAUUGAAUAUAAUUAAUUGAAUUGUUGAGGUUUCACAAAGUUUGACACUGUUGCCUGUAUGCAUGGCUUGACUUCGAUAUUAUAAGUUAAAUAAUACAUCAGAGUUACGUCCCCUUGCCAAAGACCCUGUGAUAAAACUGGUUCCUUAGGAACUGGUCCGAGUCCCUUUUAAACUCUGUAAGCUGUGAUAUGGGAGAUCUUGCUUGUGUAAUUCAAUGGAAAGUUUUUAAGGUGGUUAGAAAAUCAAAUUUCAUUAAGGAAAACCAGUAGUUGUUUGUCAUUAAUCAGGAACCCUCUAUAUUUAGCACACUAAAUAGUUCUGAUUCUAUAGUAUUUUAUGCAGUUAGAAUAAAGCUGAAAUAAAAUAAAUUGAAAUCUACAGUGUAUAUGUAUUUCUAAACAUUGUAUUUGUAAUUGAUUCAAACACGUAAACAUUUUAACGGGCUAAGAUAAAUUUAUUGAAUACUUUCAUUGUAUGUAUUUUCUUCACUAAAGUAAGCAGUGAUUUCUGUUCAUCGAUACUUUGUUGUCUUUGAACAUUUUCCUGAGGGUAAAUGACAGGUACCCUUUGUUCAAAAUAAACUAGAUCAACUCAGUAGUGACACCCUCUUUUCAAUAAAUUUUCCUCAAAUCCAAAAAAAAAAAAUCCUUAGUGAAUAGAGGAUCUUAAGAAACGGUGAAUUUUUGUGUGAAUUCUAAAAUUGAGUAUGAAUAGGGUCAGCAACUAUUCACAAGUGGCUUACACUUCAUUCACAAAAUUCCUGAGGAUGACAUCUCUCUCUCUCUCUAUAUAUAUAAAUUCUUUGUCAGCUUGGUUGUGUUUUGUUUUAUGCUGUCAUUUUUAGUGUUUUUACACCUCCUUUUUUGAAUAUGGUUGUACAGUACAGGACAUUUUCUGCUUGUUUUUAUAUAACCAUGAUGAUACUUUUUAAAUUUAUUACACUAUGGCUUCAUAUUAAUACACUAGGUUCAGCGUAUGUGCAUCUAAUUACUCCUUUCUUUUUUUCAAUUGUUAUUGGACUAUUAUCUUACAUGAAGAAUACAUUGUCUUUGAUUCUGUCAACGAAAUAUUGCAACAUAUAUUUCCUUUAGUCCAAAGUUUUAUGUUUAAUUUAUAUAUGUAUUUGACAUUUUGAAGCAAAGUAUUUGAAAUUCUUAAGAUGCAAAUACAAAUAAUUUUUUUAAAUGAAAAUUACCAAAUG